AUCUUCUUUUUGAAAGUUUUAAAAAUGUAUUGAGGACAUUACAAGAAACUGAUCCUUCAGAUCUUCCUUUCAAAGACUAUUUUGCCCCGAAAGUUGAAUAUAUAUCAAAUGAACCAGCUUCUGUAGGCCCACCUAUAUAUGCAAUGGCACCAAAUUUUAAAAUUAAUCUUGGUACUUUGCUUAAUAAAGAAUCAAAAAAUCAGAACGUUUAUUUAAAUGUUGGUGACCCACGGUCCCAUAAUGAUGUUAUAAAGACUCUUUUAAAUCAUAGUACGUUUGAUGAGUCGCAAGCUAAAGCACUUGUAUCUUCUUUGUGCCGUGAA